AGUGGGAACAAUUGGAUCAGGAGGAGGUUCUGAUGCAAACUACAAUGAAGUUGAAGCAACAGAAGGCUGGAUGGGUGUCCACAAUGCAGAGGGGAAGGAGAAUUAUCCAGAUGCACUUCAAGUUGCAGGUUCAGGAAAGGGAGGGCCUCCAAAAGUACCAAAGAAGUCAAGCAAAGUCUUGAGGAUGAGCAAGGCCCUGAAUCCCAAUGCCAUUGCACCAGGCUAUUCUGGUCCUCUAAAAGAGGUUCCCCCAGAGAAGUUCAACAGAACAGCCAUUCCCAAAGGCUACCUGUCUCCUUGGCGGGAAUUUCUUAGCAGUGAGGAUUACCAGGUAGACAGUGAGAACCGUUUGCCAGAGCCUCCCAAGAAAGUGAACGUUUUUGAUAUUCGGAGCUUCAACAGGACACCAACUCCAUUUGGUGGACAAUUACUGAAUGAUGUAUUCCCUGGGUUUGAGAUGGGUGAAGAACCCACGGACACCAUGAACAGCCUGGAGCUCAUUUCUAACAGGCCCAGUUUUAACAGAACACCUCGGGGCUGGAUACAGGCUAUGCCAGAGUCGGAGGAUUUGUAACUGGAUGUAAUAUUGUUGGCUCUCUUUUCCUAAAAUACAUGUUCCCAGUUUACUACUUUAA